UCGUUGGUCGCUGCUGUUACCUGGAACGGUAGUCAGCGCCAGCGGCACUCCAGCUGUCGGCUCGGCACCACUCAUCUGAUCCACACCAACUGUACAUAACCGAAUUGUACCCGAUCUUCAUCGGACUUUUUUUCCUGCAAAUUCAUGGCAGUUCCGUACCACUCCUCCUCUUUUGUUUUCGUCUUUACGUUAAUCUGUGUCCUGGGGGUUUCUCUCGGGUUCAAUUCCACUUCAGACCUCGAUGACUCCCUCGUCUACCUCUGGCCCCUGCCCUCGGACUUCACGUUCGGCGAGGACGUCCUUGCCGUUGACCCCGAUCUCUCGCUUGCCGUCGGUGGCGAUGGCGGGAACUCCGAUAUUGUCAGAGAGGCGUUUCUAAGAUACAGAGGAAUCAUAUUCAAGCACAGCACUAGGUUUUCGAAGUUCAGGGGGAGAUCGAUGUAUGAUAUUAGCAAGAUUAGGAUUAUUGUUCACUCCGACAGUGAAGUGCUUCAACUUGGUGUGGAUGAGAGUUAUUCCUUACUUGUGGCAAAAAACGAUGACCGUUCAAUUAUUGGAGAGGCUACAAUUGAGGCAAAUACUGUCUAUGGUGCUCUGCGUGGAUUAGAGACAUUCAGCCAAUUAUGUGCAUUUGAUUAUGGAACUAAAACUGUACAAGUGUACAAUGCACCAUGGUACAUCCAAGACAAACCAAGAUUUGUAUAUCGUGGUCUUAUGCUAGAUACCUCAAGGCACUAUUUACCGAUUGAUGUAAUUAAACACGUAAUUGAAUCUAUGUCAUAUGCUAAACUUAAUGUCCUGCAUUGGCACAUCAUUGAUGAACAGUCAUUUCCUCUGGAAGUACCUACGUAUCCAAAAUUGUGGAAAGGUGCAUAUACAAAGUGGGAGCGCUACACAGUUGAGGAUGCGUAUGAUAUUGUCAACUUCGCCAAAAUGAGAGGCAUCAAUAUUAUGGCAGAAAUAGAUAUCCCUGGUCAUGCAGAAUCAUGGGGCACAGGAUAUCCUGACCUUUGGCCCUCUCCUUCCUGUAGAGAGCCUCUUGAUGUUUCAAAAGAGUUUACUUUCGAUAUGGUUUCUGGAAUUUUGACAGACAUGAGAAAAAUUUUUCCUUUUGAGCUCUUCCAUUUGGGUGGUGAUGAGGUCAAUACAGAUUGUUGGAACUCUACUCCUCAUGUGCAGCAAUGGCUUCAAGAUCACAACAUGACUCCUAAAGAGGCAUAUCAAUAUUUUGUACUCAGAGCACAAGAAAUAGCAAUUUCAAAAAAUUGGGCCCCUGUCAACUGGGAAGAAACCUUCAACACAUUUGCGACAAACCUUAAUCCACGGACUGUGGUACAUAAUUGGUUGGGCCCUGGAGUUUGUCCGAAGGCUGUUGCAAAGGGUUUCAGGUGCAUUUACAGCAAUCAAGGAGUUUGGUAUCUUGACCAUCUUGAUGUCCCUUGGGAUGGAUUCUAUAAUGCAGAGCCACUGGAAGGAAUAAAUUCUGCUUCUGAACAAGAACUUGUGCUUGGAGGAGAAGUUUGCAUGUGGAGUGAGGUAGCAGAUACCUCAAACGUCCUGCAAACAAUAUGGCCUCGAGCUGCAGCAGCUGCAGAGCGCUUGUGGAGCAAGAGGGAAGCAACAUCAGGGAAAAAUAUUACCUUAACUGCAUUACCGAGGUUGCAUUACUACAGAUGCCUCUUGACUAGGCGUGGGGUUGAAGCUGAUCCAGUUACAAAUAAGUAUGCUCGACAGCCUCCAAAUGGACCCGGAUCAUGCUAUGAGCAAUAAUCUUCUAUUGUCAUAUUAGGUAACUUUAGACAUCUUAAGCUGCUUGCCUGUGCUCUGUAUGAUAAAUUCUACAAUCUUUUCAUUGAUUCAGUAUUUAUGUUGAUGGUUCGGAAUCUUGGUGUGCUCAAUGUUGAGGUCACUGUAAUUUGUGAAAAGAGAUGAAUCUCAGAAGAUUGUAAUAAUAGUUCAGCAUCAUCAUCACUAUUGCCUCGUCCUUCUAUGGAACCAAAAGUGUAAGUUUCUUUCUGGUUUAGUUUGCUUGUUGCUGGCAUUUGUAUUUGAAAGUAAACUUAUGAAUUUCCAUAAAUUCCAUUAUACUUUCCUUUGUCAA